ACUGCUAAACUAUUCGACACGCGAAAACCCGACUUUUUACCUCAGUUUUGUUGGAUUCGUCCCAAGGACCCAUUUUUUUGUUUUUUUGUACGUUUCUUGAACUUGUUAGUUUGUUGUCUGUGAAUUUGUGGCCUUCUCAAUGCAAUUGCACUUUGUAUUUUCACAUUUGCAAAACUCAUUCCGUGCUGGAAAGGCAAUGACAAGCGUUCCCAAUUGCAGAAGCGUUUUAGAAUUGAGUGCUGCUUUAUAUCAUCAAGGAUUCAUUAGCGCCAUUCAACGUGGUCAUCUUCAGGGACCUGACUUGGUGCCUACACCAACAACACGAGGCAACGUUGCUGAAAGGAGGCUAUGGUUGACUUUGAAGUAUUUUGAAGGGAAGCCUGUUAUGCAAUAUAUUCGAGGAGUAUCCAAGCCGAGUCGUAAAGUAUACAUGACCCCCAACGAACUAAUGAACUUUGCAAGAGGAAGAACAGUUAGCUUUGUUCACGGACUAGAGCCUGCCGAGAUGGCUAUUGUAGAAACAAAAAAAGGAAUCAUGGGAGUCGAGGACGCUAUUCGUGAACAGCUGGGCGGACGAGUAUUAUGCCGGGUAAAGUAAAAUCAAUCAUGGAAUAAAGAAAAAAAGCAACUGUGUUGCCCUUUCUUACUUUCUUUUUUUCCAAGUGGUCUCAUAUCAUGUUUAUUUCUUUAUGAGUUCUUAUGUGAAUUCUUCUUUGAUAUCUCUGAUAUUAUGGAAUUGAUCCGUUAAACUUUUCUAUAUAUUUUUCUUUGUACACAUCCCCUUUUACAAUACUCUCGACCAAACAUAAGACACUGCUUUGCUUUUAUAUUAUACUUCCUUGUAUCUACCUAAUUAUAAUGGAAGAGCAAUUUUGCAGUCCACUUCACUACGUUCUUUUUCUCUACAUGUCAGGUAACUUGUAUAACAGUUAAUUUGAAUAUUAUAUAAACGUUCGAUUAAACAGCCUUCCCCUUCAUGGUGCUACAGCAAUUCAAUAAAACUACUUCAACACUCA